AUGGGCAGAUCAAAGAAAAGAUCAAGAGCUUCUUCGUCUCGAUUAAAUCCAUUACGCAAAGCUGAGUCAAACGGCAAUGGUAAGGACGCCAAUGUCGUCAACAAAAAACUCCAGCCGCUAUUACAGAAUUUGUCAAGCGUAGUGCCAAAUGACAGAAGUAUUGCUUUGAGCUCCAUCAGUGUCCUCUGUGAAGAUGCACAUAUGAGACAACUGUUACUGAAAGAAAAGUUAGUUCCUAUCAUUUUGAGUAAAUUAUUGAACGAUUCUAAUUCGGACAUAGUCGUGGAGUCGUUCGGCUUAUUAAGAAACUUGUCUUUGGAAGAAGGCUAUGACGUGUCAAUCCAUCUUUGGAGGUCUGAUAUAUGGACAAGCAUAGCAAGCAAUUUUGCCAAGAUUAUUGAUUCGUUAUCCGCUUUGCAAGCAGCAGAACAACAAUCGCAGCCAAAACCUGCAGGGAAGGCCAAAAUAGAAUCUAAAAGGUUGUUAUUCGAUUUCGCCGAUAACUUACUAUCCUUGGUGGUGGCUCUAUCUAAUGGGUCCGACGAUAUUCUGAAUGAGAUAUUAAUGGAAAGUAAAAUAAAUGAAAUUUUCCAGGUCAUCUUGCAAUUAUUAAACUACGGUAUCGAGAAAUUGCCGAUAAAUCUAUUCAACACCAUCCUCGAUCUCAUUUAUGAUUUAAGUUCCGAAUCGUUCGAGUUUAUUGACCACGUCUCUAAUAAUGAGCUUCUAUCACAGUUCUUAAAUGGACUGUCUCCAGAUUUACAUCCGCAAACUAAUGAACUAACAAAAGUUCUAAUUGAAGGUAUCCAUUGUCAAUUUCUUGAUAUGAAAAUAACAUAUGACCAAUGUAACAAAAUGAUCCACUCUGUAUGUCAUUCCAUUAAUAACAUUGACCCAGUACAGUUGAUAAAUGACAUCAAUAACCCUGUGGAAAUUGCACCCGCCACCGGUAAAGAUGAAAGCGGUAAAGUUAUAGAUAAGAUCAAGGACUACAAUGCUAAACGUAACGAAUCCAUGAUGAAAUUGCAAAGCAUUGAAAUAGCAAUUGACCUUAUCACCGCCAUCACUGAGAUAGUCGCGUCCAAAUAUGAAUCACCGGAAUCACAUGAAGCAACAAUUCCAGAUGAGCUAAUUAAUACCUUAACAAAUUUCUUACCUCAUGUUUUUAUGAUCUUGAAAGAUACUUUCACCUCGCGAAUAUUGAUUGGGUGGAACAACUUGAUCUGGCUUUUCGUUUCGCUAUCUCUGACAGAGCUAUCCGAAGAGUUAUUAACCACCUUAUGGAGUUAUAUUACACAGUUGGAUAGUCAAGAUGAUUUGAGUAUUAAAAUAGGAAGGAUGGGUUGUAUUUGGGCAUUUCUGAAACUUAUCUGCCCUGACGGAGCAUUUAAGAGUGAUAAUCGAGCAUUGAUUAAUAUCCAAAUGCUGAAUAACUCAGAAUUUGCGAAGGGAAUUAUUAGCGAGUUCCAAAAUAGCAACGACCUUGAAUUGCAACAAAAAUGUAUUAAUGUAUUAAGCACAUAUGCUAUGAUUCAUGGACAAAUUGAGGUAAAUAAGGAGAUUGGGCAGUUCUUCAUACAGACCUUGGCGCAGUUGAACGUUAGCCCGGAAAUUUUGAUAGAGAUGACAAAUUCGCUUUUCCAAAUUUACGGUGAUGCCUCUUACGACUAUAAUGAACCAAUAUUUGUAAGUGGUGGAUUUUUACCUGUUCUAAAAGACCAAGUUGUACCAAAUUUGAGGCAGCAAUUUAAAAUGGUUGAUAAAAACAAAGAUCCUAAAUUAAAAGAAAGAUGUCAUGAUUGUUUUACCACGUUGGAUAGUUUCAUUCACUAUAAAAUGAGUGAAAAUUCCACUAAUCAAUAG